CCGGCCCGGGCGCAAUGAGGCUGCUGCCCGCUGGGUGGCGCCGAUUUCCCGGGGAGGUCCUUUCUGGGCCCCCGGCGGAGGUGGGGGAGAGGCGGGCAGGCACCGAGCGAGGCCAGGGAGCCCUCUGCGUCAGCCACUGCUCGCUGCGCCGCGCCAGUACCAGCCAGGACUCAUCCGCAGCUCCAUGCUUGUGCCCGGUUCGACUCGUCCAUCCUCCGAGAAGAGGCAGACGCAUGCCGCUCUGGAAUGAGGAUUGGAAUGAGGGCGUCCUCCAAAGUGCAUCACCAGGACCCAGUCUGAGUCAGUACCUUGUGCUGAGACAGGGUGGAGGCACCAGCCCUCGGGCCUUCCAGUCUCCAGGGAGAGCCAUCAAGAAGCAGAAGACUCCUCUUGGGAGCCGACAGGUGCACCAAGGCCAGAGCGAUGGUCCUCUCAUGACCCUGUCCAGCCUGCCUUUGACACCCUGGAACCCUGAGCCCUCCAACAGCCCAUGAGGCUCCCAGUACCCACUGAGUACCACCCUGAAGGAUGUCCCAGCUCUCCUCCACCCUGAAGCGCUAUACAGAAUCGUCCCGCUACACAGAUGCCCCCUAUGCCAAACCGGGCUAUGGAACCUACACCCCUUCUUCCUAUGGGGCCAACCUGGCCGCCUCCUUCCUGGAGAAGGAAAAACUUGGUUUUAAGCCGGUCUCCCCCACCAGCUUCCUCCCAAGGCCCCGCACCUAUGGCCCCUCCUCCAUCCUGGACUGUGACAGGGGCCGCCCCCUGCUGAGAUCUGACAUCAUUGGGAGUAGUAAGCGGUCAGAGAGCCAGACCCGUGGCAAUGAAAGGCCCUCGGGCAGUGGACUCAAUGGAGGCAGUGGAUUUUCUUAUGGAGUUUCCAGCAACUCCCUCAGCUACCUGCCCGUGAAUGCCAGAGACCAGGGGGUGACCCUGAGCCAGAAGAAAUCAAACAGCCAAUCAGACCUGGCCCGGGAUUUCUCCAGCCUCCGGACUUCAGAUGGCUACCGGACUUCAGAUGGCUACCGGACCUCAGAGGGCUUUAGGAUAGACCCCGGAAACCUGGGUCGCAGCCCCAUGCUGGCCCGCACGCGUAAGGAGCUCUGUGCCCUGCAGGGCCUCUACCAAGCAGCCAGCCGUUCUGAGUACCUAACAGACUAUCUGGAGAACUAUGGUCGAAAGGGCAGUGCACCACAGGUGCUCACGCAAGCCCCUCCUCCCUCCCGAGUCCCUGAAGUCCUCAGUCCCACCUACCGACCAAGUGGCCGUUACACACUGUGGGAGAAGAGCAAGGGCCAGGCCUCUGGGCCCAGCCGCUCCAGUUCUCCAGGGCGAGACACCAUGAAUUCAAAGAGUGCCCAGGGUCUGGCUGGUCUUCGAAACCUUGGGAACACGUGCUUCAUGAACUCAAUUCUUCAGUGCCUGAGCAACACCCGCGAGCUGAGAGAUUACUGCCUCCAGAGGCUGUACAUGCGGGACCUCGGCCACACCAGCAGCGCACACACGGCCCUCAUGGAAGAGUUUGCAAAACUAAUCCAGACCAUAUGGACGUCAUCCCCCAAUGAUGUGGUGAGCCCAUCUGAGUUCAAGACCCAGAUCCAGAGAUAUGCACCACGCUUCAUGGGCUAUAAUCAGCAGGAUGCUCAGGAAUUCCUUCGUUUCCUUCUGGAUGGUCUCCACAAUGAGGUGAACCGAGUGGCAGCAAGGCCUAAGGCCAGCCCAGAGACCCUUGAUCAUCUCCCUGAUGAAGAAAAGGGGCGACAGAUGUGGAGGAAGUAUCUGGAAAGGGAAGACAGUCGGAUUGGGGAUCUCUUUGUUGGGCAGCUGAAGAGCUCCCUCACAUGCACUGACUGUGGCUACUGCUCUACAGUCUUCGAUCCCUUCUGGGACCUCUCGUUGCCCAUCGCAAAGAGAGGAUACCCUGAGGUGACGUUAAUGGAUUGUAUGAGGCUCUUCACCAAAGAGGAUAUAUUGGAUGGUGAUGAGAAGCCAACUUGCUGCCGCUGCCGAGCCAGAAAACGAUGCAUAAAAAAGUUCUCUGUCCAGAGGUUCCCAAAGAUCUUGGUGCUCCACCUGAAGCGGUUCUCAGAAUCCAGGAUACGAACCAGCAAGCUCACAACAUUUGUGAAUUUCCCACUAAGAGACCUGGACUUGAGAGAAUUUGCUUCAGAAAACACCAACCAUGCUGUUUACAACCUGUAUGCUGUGUCCAAUCACUCCGGAACCACCAUGGGAGGCCACUAUACAGCCUACUGCCGAAGUCCGGUUACGGGCGAAUGGCACACUUUCAAUGACUCCAGUGUCACACCCAUGUCCUCCAGCCAAGUGCGCACCAGCGACGCCUAUUUGCUCUUCUAUGAACUGGCCAGUCCACCCUCCCGUAUGUAGCAUUGAGGAGCUGCGGCCCUUCCCUCUUCCCUGUGGUGGCCCCACGUCCUAAGUUCUUUUUUAAAAAUUCAGAAAAAAAAAAAAAAAAAACACCACAAAAAAACAAAAAACAAAAAACCAACAAAAUCCUGACAAGUGAGAGAAAAAUAAAGUAAAAUAAAGCUGCCGAGCAGAAGUUGAUACAGCCUGGUCAGGGUCUGGAGUGAGGAGCCAUGUGCCCCUGCGCCACGCCACGCCUGGCAGGAAGAUGGACUGAUGCGGAGACAGUCAGCGGCGUCCUCGGCUCCUCGGCUGGCUUCUCUCGUUUGCAUUUUUAAGCUUGUGGUUUUUUCCUGUGUGUAAUAAAAACAAGAGCGGUCUGUGGGAGAGGACCUUCAGCCCACCUGCUGCCCCCAGUGCCACACCUGCUGGGAGGACAGCGCCAUCUGGAGCCUGCUGGGAGCAUCGCUGCUGGAUGGAGCUAGGGAGGAGCCUGCGGGAGGCCGCCUUGCCUGGGCCUGCUCACCAGUCCAGAGAGGAAACGCCCAUGAGCCAAGAGCCCUCUUAACGCUGCUAAGUCCAGGGGUACACAUGAGGGUGACAUCUUUGAAAAAAAAAAAAAAAAAAAGCUGGUUUGGGUCUUCAAAAACCCAAUUUUUAAAAAAAAAAUUAACUGUAACGAACGUGUUCCGACUGGAGAUGUGGUCCUUCACACCUCUCUUCACAGCUGGGACAUUGGGCUGGCUCCCUGUUUUCUUUUUUUUGUUGUUAGGUUUUUUCUUUUGUUUUUUUUUUUCUUCUCCAAACACAGCCUUCCUAAUGCUAUUCCCCGUGUGCUGGGUGAGUGUUGGCUGGGCCCAAGCAUUGUCACAGUAGACCUGGGAUCUAAAGUUACUCUGCUUUGAAGUUGCUUUUUCUUUUGCCCUUUAAUAUUUUGAAUGGAAUCUAGUUGCCUCCAAGAAUUGUGCCUUAUAGCAUUUGGGGACCAGGGGAUAACUUCCCCUUCCUGAGAGAUCUCCCUCAGCUGCUUCCCUUUAUCCCUGUGCCAUGUUGAAAGCCACUUGGGGUUGCAGGGUCCUGCCCUGAGCCCCUGGCUUGUUGUGCACAGCAGUGGUUAAGAGGGAAGUGGGUAAAUGGUGAUUCUUAAGAUAGUGUAUCAAGCUCUUCCACCACCCUCUCAUCCACCCCGGUCUCCCCAGCUGUUUGAAGGACAGCACAGGCUCCUUGUCCCUCAACCCCCCCCCUUUAAUUUAUUCUCUUCUUGGUGCCCUUAUCCCCCAAGCUUCCUGCCACCUGUCCCUUUCUCAGAGUCUCGUAGACAAAGGCCCUCUGGACUGAGCUUCUCAGGGACACCCACACCACCCCUUACCCCGUCUUGGCAUCAGUCUUGGGCCCUGUCCUGGGAGUGUGAGCCUGGGUGGCUGGGGUUAGCUUGUGUGAUUCUUUGCCCUGACAUUAGACAAAAAAACUCCAUGCUGUCCCAAGAGCCAAGCUAUUCAGCACUAAAGCAUUUCGCACAGUGCAUUUUGCACCCCCCACAGGUGGGCCUGGCUUAUUAUGCCCUCAGAACCUCGAGUGCUUGAGUGUCCCAGGAACAGGACACCCAAGACAAGACACCCUGAGUUUACCUGGCCUGAUACCCUUCUCUAGGGAAGACCCUGCGAACAUGAGCCCAAGGGCUGGUGUGCACUUGUUUACUAUGUAAGCCAGAGUAGAAUGUCCAGUGUACAGUGGAGCCUUGUACAGAAUAAAUAGUAGCUUUGAGAAGGAA